GAAGUUUAAAGGAAAACUUUCAGCGAGAGACAGACUGUGGACCAAAGCAAUACACUAUACAACGAAUAAACGAGUAAUUAUCAAGCAGUUGAAGGCAUCGCUUGAAGAAUACGUCCCAGAAAGAUUAGAUUAG